UAUUAACCAUGAAUAAAAAAUAUAGCAAUUUAAAAUUCAACCAGUAACCGUAACAAAACGAGAAAAUCGUGGAAUAAAUAAAGCCGUUUUUAGUUGACAAUUAACAAACCACAUUGUUCAAUAAAAGUAUUAUCUCGAAUCCAGUUAUUUGAUAAGUAUAUCCGUAAAAACUAUUUAAUCGCUACAUAGAUUCGAAUUAGUGUAAUAUGGAAAGGUUUCGGUUUAAUAACAGUUGUUUGUCGAUUUUACUUUUUACUAUAAUAGGUGCUUUUUCACAAGCAGUCAUCUUUAAUGUAAAGUAAUAAAUAAAGUACGUCCAUUACCAUCUAUCGAAAUGACCGAGAUAUCGCAGGCAGAGUUUAUAAGGUAUUGCUGUUAUUUGGAGCAAUAUCCUGACGUUUUAGCAACUCAGUGGCAGGAGCUUCAAACAAAAAGCUUGGAAAUCUAUGAAGCUCAUCAAACAGCUUUUGCAGUCCUUCCCGAAAAUAAACGAAAAAAUAGAUAUACUGACAUAUUACCAUUUGAUCUAACAAGGGUUAAAUUAAAUAUUGAUGAAGAUGACGAAAUGUGCUCAGAUUAUAUUAACGCCUCACACAUUAAGGGAUUUUCAAAUAAUGAAUACAUUGCUACACAAGGGCCAUUAUCUCACACUGUAAGAGACUUUUGGAAAAUGGUUAUACAGGAAAAUGUUAGUAUAAUCGUGAUGGUGGCCCGUUUCUAUGAAAAUAAAAUGGAAAAAUGCUCUAAAUAUUUUCCAAAUAAUCACGAAAUUAUAUUAUUUGGGGAUGAUAUUGAAGUUCGAUGUACUACAGAACUAAAUUUAAAUACUUAUUGUGUAAGGACAUUGGAAGUUCGGAAGGGCCUUAAACAGCAGACAGUUAUCCAUAUGCAGUUUGUGGAAUGGCCAGAUUUUGGUGUUCCAAAAGGAACUGAUGAUUUGAUAUAUUUUUGUAAUCAGUUCCGAGAACGAUGGGAUGCUGAAGGGGGACGAGCACUGGUUCAUUGCAGCGCUGGCGUCGGAAGAACUGGAACUAUAAUAGCAACUGAUAUAUUAAUAAAUUCUAUAAAGGCUGGAAGAAAAAUUGAUGUUUUUAAUACAGUAUUAGAAUUAAGAAAACAAAGAAAGUCUAUGGUACAAAGACAGACUCAAUACCUUUAUAUUUAUCAAAUGAUAAGGUGUUUUCUAGAGGAAGGAGGUUCCUAUUCUCUAGAUACUCAGGAACAUAUCUAUGAAAAUAUUCAAUUGGCCCAAGAUUUUAGAAAUAAAGAGGAACAAUCUUUAUAGUUAAAAAAUACCAUAUCGCUAUGUAAAGAUAAUAAUGGAUAAGAUAAUAAUGUUAAGUUCAUUUUUAUUCCAAAGAAAAGAUACCUACUUUUCUUCUCUUUUCUACCUGCCAUAAAUUAUGAUCUGCAAACCAAAGGAUCCCAAAUGUAAUGGAAGUAGAUCAGACUUUUUAGUGAACCUUAGGUAUAAAAUAAAAACAUAUCUGGACAAAAAUAAAAUUAAAACUGCCGUCUUGCAUUUUCAUAAAGGUGCAAUUAUGUAUCUACUUGCCUUAUUGUAAAAUUAAUAAGUAAAAUAUACGCUGAA